GAGCACCGUACCCGUGUGUGUGUGAGAGCACCGUACCCGUGUGUGUGAGAGCACCGUACCCGUGUAUUAGCGUGUACACCUAUAUUUGAGGAUAUUCUCCACAAAGGCCCCGCCCUUCCCUACGUCGUCAUCAAGAUGAACGUGACGUCACUCUUCUCCUUCACCAGCCCAGCGGUGAAGAGGCUGUUGGGAUGGAAACAGGGGGAUGAGGAGGAGAAGUGGGCAGAGAAGGCUGUGGACGCCCUGGUGAAGAAACUGAAGAAGAGGAAGGGCGCGAUGGAGGAGCUGGAGAAGGCCCUCAGCUGCCCCGGACAGCCUAGCAAGUGUGUGACCAUCCCUCGGUCGUUGGACGGUCGUCUCCAGGUAUCCCAUCGUAAAGGUCUUCCCCACGUCAUCUACUGCAGAGUGUGGAGGUGGCCCGACCUACAGUCUCAUCACGAACUCAAGGCCUUGGAGUGCUGCCAAUUCCCCUUCACAGCCAAACAUAAAGAUGUCUGUAUCAACCCCUACCACUACAAGAGAGUGGACAGCCCUAUGCUGCCCCCUGUCCUGGUCCCUAGGAACAACGACCUCACAGCGAGGCCGGGGAUGCAGCCCCGUUACCAUGGUGCCAUCGACCAGAAUGAGCCUCUCAUGCCCCACAACGCCACUUUCCCAGAAUCCUUCCCUCCGGGCGGGGGCGGCAACGGAGGGUUGGCGUUCCCUUGUUCCCCUGGCAACAGCUUCCCCAGUUCGCCCGGCAGUGGGUCCAGCAGUAUCUCCGCGUUCCCCCACUCUCCACUUAGCUCCGACCCAGACAGCCCCUUCCACGUCCCGGCUGACACCCCGCCCCCAGCCUACAUGCCUUCAGAUGAUUGUCAGACUCAGGACUGUUCCCAGCCAAUGGAAACCAACCUCCUCGCCAUGCCAACCGGCCUGGAUACCAACAACAGGCCAGAUGUCCAGCCGGUAGCCUACGAGGAACCGAAACACUGGUGUUCUAUAGUGUACUAUGAGCUGAAUAACCGCGUGGGCGAGGCGUACCUGGCGUCAGACUCCAGUGUUCUGGUCGACGGCUUCACCGACCCGUCCAAUAACCGCAACCGCUUCUGCCUCGGCCUGCUGUCUAACGUGAACCGCAACUCCACCAUAGAGAACACGCGCAGGCACAUCGGCAAAGGUGUCCAUCUCUACUAUGUAGGUGGUGAGGUCUAUGCAGAGUGUCUGAGUGACACCAGUAUCUUCGUUCAGAGCCGUAACUGUAACUACCAUCAUGGUUUCCACCCCACCACGGUGUGUAAGAUCCCUAGUGGCUGCAGUCUGAAGAUCUUUAACAACCAGGAAUUUGCCCAGCUACUGGCCCAGUCAGUGAACCAUGGCUUUGAGGCUGUUUACGAGCUCACCAAGAUGUGUACCAUACGCAUGAGCUUCGUCAAGGGUUGGGGUGCAGAGUACCAUCGCCAGGACGUGACCAGCACCCCCUGCUGGAUAGAGGUGCACCUGCAUGGCCCUCUACAGUGGCUGGACAAAGUCCUCACACAGAUGGGCUCUCCCCAUAACCCCAUAUCCUCCGUGUCCUAAGCCUCUCGACGUUGUAAGACAUGUCCAAGGGAGAGGGAGAGGCUGGAGAUCUAUUGUUACGAUGCCUCUGGAGGUUGUCUGGGCUGCGGAGUGUAGCGAGCAGACAGAGGGAGAGAGAGACUCCAAGGGCAUCUCCGCUACAGCCAAGACUAGCUAGCUUGUAGCAACCACAAUGUUAUUCAUCAUUCCAUAUUACCAUACCUGUCUUGACUGGAGUAGCCUAGAGAAGCUAGUCAGCUAUGGAUAGCUAGGCUAAUUGAGGCCACAUGCUGUUUCUCCCCAACCCCAUUCAGAUGAGAAAACAUCAGCCUACCUGGUGGUUACUCCAACCCCAUUCAGAUGAGAAAACAUCAGCCUAUCUGUUGGUUACUCCAACCCCAUUUUGCUAACUUUUGAGUUCCCAUAUGUUAUUCCAUCUUGCAUUAGUGACCUCACUCCACUUGUGUCACAUUGAGCCUCUUUGAUUGGCCAACAUAACAACACGCUACACAGUAAAGGCUACCGGUCUUUUUACGGGACCACGUCAUAAAAACUUUCUAGACCAAGUUUGUUUUAUUACAUGAAUAAUCUGACAUUUAAUGGUAUAUCCUUGUAUGUAACAAUGUCACAUGGAUAAUUUAAUUUACCAUUACCAAGCUGGACAAUCAGGACUGAGGGAUUAUCUGGCCUCAAUCAGGACCGAGACAUCUGUGAUCGGCUAGCUCUGCCUGGCCUCAAUCGGGACCGAGACAUCUGUGAUCGGCUAGCUCUGCCUGGCCUCAAUCGGGACCGAGACAUCUGUGAUCGGCUAGCUCUGCCUGGCCUCAAUCGGGACCGAGACAUCAUCUGUGAUCGGCUAGCUCUGCCUGGCCUCAAUCGGGACCGAGACAUCAUCUGUGAUCGGCUAGCUCUGCCUGGCCUCAAUCGGGACUGAGACAUCAUCUGUGAUCGGCUAGCUCUGCCUGGCCUCAAUCAGGACCGAGACAUCUGUGAUCGGCUAGCUCUGCCUGGCCUCAAUCGGGACCGAGACAUCAUCUGUGAUCGGCUAGCUCUGCCUGGCCUCAAUCGGGACCGAGACAUCAUCUGUGAUCGGCUAGCUCUGCCUGGCCUCAAUCGGGACCGAGACAUCAUCUGUGAUUGGCUAGCACUGCCUGGCCAGCCAGGACAAUCGUGGAAUCUUUUCUCAAUUGGAUUUUCUCAACUCCUAUGUCCUCUCCCCUCCUUUGUAAAAGGUCAAAGGGGUAAUCAAGAGGCGUCGAGGAGAGGGAACAUGGGACGAAAAUGCGCUUGUAUGAAAUGAGACUCCUAGUCCACUCGCAUGUCAUCAGGCAAAUGACUUGGAUCCCAAUUAAAAAUAUGUAAAGUGAUCAGAACAAAUGAUGUUAGUUAUGCAGUACAUGUUCUAGAUAAAAUUAGAAGUAGUAUAUUGUUUUUAAACAGAUGCAUGUUUUUCUCCUGUGACAAAACAAAAGCUGAUUCAAAUGGAGGGGGGAGAGGGGGGGGGGGGGGGGUGUU